AUGCCUCUUUCCAACAACGACGUUUCUUCCAAACUCGGCCCCCCCUCGAAGAAGUCCAUCUUCGAGCGACAGAAAGCAGAGGCAGAAGCGAAAAAGGCCCGAGAAAAAGCAGAGACAGCAGCGGCCCUCGAAGAUUUUGUGAAGAGUUUUGAAGAUGAUGGGGACCACACCUCAGGCUUCCCUUCAAGGCGCGGCUUCGGAGGUGAAAACAGAGGAGGCUUUGGCUCUGGCGCCAGCAACCACGGUCCCGUUGCCCUAGGCAAGCGACAUUUCACAAGCUCGAGUUUGAAGAGUGGUCCUGGUAGCCUGGGACCGAGUCCUUCGCUGCCAAGGAGCGGACCUGGUAGCUUGGGACCAGCGCCUGGAUUUGGGAGAAAGAGACAAUAUGACGAAUACUCAGGACGGGAUCGAGACCGAGAGCGCGACAGGAAGGACAGGGUGCUUUCUUACAGUGACAAUAAAGAUGCGGACAACAGGAGGGACUCGCAUGCGUUUGGCCAAGAUGAGGAGGACGAUACACGGGACACAGAUGAACUCGAGGCCGCAGCGAAACCUACAUUACAUCUCGCCUCCCUUCCACCUGAGACAUCUCCGGCGGUUGUUAAGGCUCUCUUUACCCCUUCGCCGCUGAAUGUCGAAAGUGUCAGCAUCCUCCCGCCAGCGCCAGGCUCAGCCGCUGACAGAAAAUCCAUCUCGGCGAUUGUCACGCUCGCCGCUGAGACCCCAGCGGCAGAUAUUGAAACCAUGGUCUCGCAUCUCCAGAACAAAUACCUUGGUUUUGGCUUCAACCUGUCGAUCUCUCGCCAUCUGUCUUCGGCGGCCUUAACGGGCAGAACCUCAUUGGGCAGCAACGCUCCGUCGGCGCUCUUGAACAGUCUUCCCUUCGGCGCAAAGCCCGCGCCACAGCACACGUCCUUAUCCCGCGCUCCUCCACCAUCUCAAGCCGCUGCAGGUAACCGCUUCGCUCCUCCCGCUUCAUACAUUUCAUCAACACCCUAUGGUCCUCGAUCGAUGAACAGUAUGCCCCCUACACAGGUCACCGUACAAGUCCCGAAUGAUCUCAGACAACUCCGAUUGAUCCACAAAACCAUUGAAGCUCUUUUGACCUAUGGUCCUGAAUUUGAAGCAUUGCUCAUGUCCCGACCGCAAAUCCAACGUGACGAACAAUGGGCUUGGCUUUGGAACUCAAGAUCAACAGGCGGGGUCUAUUACCGUUGGCGUCUUUGGGAGAUUCUCACCGACUCCAAAUCGCGUCGCAGGCAACGUUAUGCGGCGUACGGGAUGCGACAAUCACAAGGUGACGUAUUAUUUGAGGGACAAUCUACCUGGAUCCCUCCGGAAGAGGACCUUAAAUUCGAAUACACCACCCGCCUCGAGGAAUUCAUUUCUGAUGAAGACUACAAUUCUUCAGACGAAGAAGGCAUCGAUGAUGACAACAGAGGAGGUGGACUAGCUAGACGGUAUCAUGAUCACCAAAAGCUCGCUAACAUCACUGACUCGACGGCCGAAAACGACGGCACGGGUUAUCUGAACCCGCUUGCAAAGACGAAACUCGUUCAUCUGCUCAGUCGCCUUCCUGAAACGAAUGCAAGACUGCGUAGGGGUGAUGUUGCACGUGUAACGGGAUACGCAAUUGAGCACGCCGGGGCUGGGGCGGAUGAAGUAGCAGAAAUAGUCACGAGAAAUGUGGUGCGACCUCUUUGCUACAGCGUGACGAGACCAAAAGGAGAAUCAAACGAUGAGGAUAACCAUCAUGACGAUGAGAACGGUGAUGGCACGCCAAAGCACUCGGGGGAUAGGGAACCUUCCGGGACAGAAGACCCUGAUCAACGCCCUAAACCAAAGAUGAAGGAUACAACCCCGGCCUCGCUGAUAGGCUUGUACCUCAUAAGCGACAUUCUCUCGGCAUCUUCAACCUCGGGCGUGCGGCACGCCUGGCGCUACCGCUCUCUCUUUCAACAGCAGCUUCUCGCCCAGAACGUAUUACCAACUCUGGGAAAGUUCCCACAAAAGUACGAAUGGGGCAAGCUGAAGGCGGAGAAGUGGAAGAGACAGGUGCAAGUGGUCCUGGGACUGUGGGAAGGUUGGUGCGUUUUCGAGGAAGCAAGGAUGAAAGAAAUGGUGGAGGGUUUCCUGCAUCCACCUCUGAGUGAGGAGGAAGUAAAGGCCAAGGCCAAGGCCGAGCAGGAGGCCGAACGGGAGAAACAAAAAGAAAGAGACAAGGCUGCGGGAGGUGUCAGCCGCUGGCGCAGCGUGGACGAUGCCAGUGCCAGCGGAUCAGCCCCGUCCGAAGGCAAAACCAUAUCUACCGCCUUUGCCAAAGCAAAGCGUGCAGCCGACGACGGCGACGUGGAAAUGGACAUGGAUGGGACACCCAUGGCCGACGAUGACGGAGAGGGAGAUGCUGUCGAGGCCGAUGACCCAGAUGAAGACGGGGACGGGGACACAGUCCUGACGGACGAGAACAUCGACGGCGUCCCCCUGGUGGACAGCAGCGACGACGAAUACGAAGACGAGGAACGCGGACAACCGCCCCAAAGGGAUGGUCGAACAAGUGAAGAAGGGGAGCAGCUCCAGUCCGAAUCUCGGGAAGUGAGGGACAACGCCAGCAAGGAGGCAGGGCGAGAGGUGCAAGGACAAGCUGGUGCGAGCGGCCAGGCGACAGCGGAGUCCACAAAUGUUCCUCCGUCGACAAUGUCCUCCCAAGGCCGCAGAGUCCGCCCGAAGGCUGUGGAUUUCGACGACAUGUUUGAGUAG